CAGUCAGAGUAAAUCUUCACUUAGGAAUACACCGAUUACGAUUUUAAACUUUAUAUUGACUCAUCUUAACAAUGAAGAAGGUUAUAUUAUUGGUGCUGGUGUCCGUCGCUGUAUUGGCGUACACCGAAGCUAGACCGACGUGUCCAAGCAAGUCCACGUGUUUGUCUAGGCCCCCCUGUUCAUCCAGAAAAGGCAAUCACCACUCCAAAUGUGACGGUAACGGUAUAGAUGACAGCGAUAGCAGUGACGACGAUGAUAGCAAGAAGAAAAAAUGCGACGAUUCGUCAUCUUCCUCCUCUUCUUCAUCAUCUUCUUCAUCAUCAUCUUCGGAAGAAGAUAACAAAUGUGGAAAAGGCAAGGACGAUUCGUCAUCUUCGUCAUCGUCCUCGUCAUCAUCAUCGUCGUCAUCAUCAGAAGAAAAUGACGAUAACGGCAAAUGCGGCAAUGACAACGAUUCCAAUGAUAACCACCACAAGAAAUCCAGGCAAUUCAGAGGCAGACGAUGCAACAACAAGUAGAUGUAAGGACUCACAAGUAACAUUUUAAUAGCUUUGAAAUACUUCGACUUUGUUAUAGCUGCGAUUUUGUUACGUAAUUAUAGAUAGAUUUUAUGUGGAAUAAAGGAAAAUAUUUAAGCCACGACUUAAGCUUAUAAUUUAUAAUA